UGUGUGUGUGUGUGUGUGUGUGUGUGUGUGUGUGUGUGUAUUUCCCUGACGUGCCUAACACUGUACACACAGCUCUGACACUAACAGCGCUAAAACACCGCUGGUCCUGUUUUUCUUGCUGUUUUACUGCUCCGUGUUUCUGUCUACAGGAAUCAUGUCUGCUCCCUCCGCAGAAGGUCCCGGUGCUUCGGGUGUGGCGUCCGGUAACCGAAGACUGCAGCAGACCCAGGCUCAGGUGGACGAGGUGGUGGACAUCAUGAGGGUGAACGUGGACAAAGUCCUGGAGAGAGACCAGAAGCUGACCGAGCUGGACGACCGGGCCGACGCUCUUCAAGCCGGAGCCUCUCAGUUCGAGACCAACGCUGCAAAACUAAAGCGGAAGUACUGGUGGAAGAACUGCAAGAUGUGGGCCAUUUUGAUCGCCGUGCUCAUCAUCCUCAUCGUCAUCAUCAUCAUUUGGAGUAAAUCCUAAAGCAGCAGGAGUCCGGUGGAACGGCUUGUCGCUCGUGACGGGAGACCUGUGUAUGGAUCUGACGUUCCAGCUGACACCAUGACGGCACAGAACACGUUCCUCCUGAUGUGAAGCUGUUCUAACCUGCUGAGUGUCAAAUUUUGUAAAAAGAAGAAAAAAUUGUUUUGUUUUCUUUUUUUUUUUUAUGUUUUGGUUUUAAUGUGAUCUGACUGUGCAAAGACGUUAUGCUUCCUGUGUUAACAUUUCACACACACUCCUUUCUUUCAUACUUUCACUGUUUGUAUUUAUUUCAGAGUUAAUCGGGCACGGGUGUAGAAGCCAAGCGAGCUUUAAAGGGGCGGUUUGUCAUUUUUAAAGCUUUAAAUCUUUUUUUUUUUCUCUCUUCCUUUUCGAGAAGGAGGCGGAGCUGAGAAUCGGUGGAGUGUUGUAACGACUCUUUAUUUCAUUCGAGCCUAAAACGAAAAAGCCGGGUUUGUAAACAUCCCACUGAUGAUGGUUAGAAACCGUUUAAAGAUGAUAAGCUGCACCUCGUAAACACCACAAGCUCCCGCUAUCGCACCGUGUCGUCACCUGAAGGGCUUCCAUGUUGAACUGACCUGAACAAAUACAUUCGCUUUUUACUCACCGAUCAACAGACAGCUCUGUGUCUCUAAGAACAUGAUAGAAAAUGUAGAUUAUUUUUCUUUUAGUUACUCGGUGCCUUAACACUGUAGUGCCAUAAGGAUCCUGGAAGCUUCCUAUGACUCGAAGACCUUCGAACAAAUUCACCUGAGUGCCAUUAAUCAACACAGCCAGCAUGAUUAAAAUACUCUCUCUAUACAUCUCUAUCUCUCUCUCUAUAUAUAUAUAUAUAUCUCUAUCUCUCACACUAUUUCUCUCUCUCUCUCUCACUAUUCCUGUCUGUCUCACUCUUUCUCUCUCUCUCUCACACUAUUUCUCUAUCUCUGUCUCUCUCUCGUGUAUGUAUGUAAAUGCCGUAUGAUUUGAUGAACAGAUUAACAGUAGAGUUUAUAUUUACUUGACACAGUUUUUCCACACUGAUUUUUUUAUGAUCUCUGUAAUUAUGAAUAAAUUUCUUCUACAUCUUUUCCCUUUUUUCUUCCUUUCUAACACCAAGCAGCAGCAGUGGCCUCUGGACCUUCACGCCACGUCUGAUGGCACCUAAACAAGUGUGAUCGAUCUAUAUUUACUGUGCAAAAGACAAUUGAGAAACCGCACUAACGUGAUUUUUGCAAUUGGACGGGGAAAAAAAUCUGAGAUCUUGGGAAGAACUUGGGUUUGUUUCCCUAAACCUCUUCUCUAGACACGGUGUAGUCGUGUGUGUGUGUGUGUGUGAGUGUUACCACCAGCACAGAGAUGAAUUAGUCAGAGCAGAGAUCCUGAGGCUGAUCCUCUAAAACAUGGAUCUCUGGAUCUCUCAUGGAUUUAUGUUCAGUAACGUGAACACGAUUCGGCCCUACGUGAGCCGUCCUGUCGUAGCCGAGGUGUAACAAAUGCUGUUCCUUCUCUAUCGCUGCUUCGUGUGUCGGUUAAAUAAGGGCUACGUAAAUGGCGUAAAACACACACAAGAACGUAACUUUCUUUCAUUAUUAAAUUAGUGUUUCUAUUUAUAUGUAUGUAUUAUAUAACAAUUUCCGGGCCGACGUUUGCACAGUGCUGCUUUAUGAAUGUAAACCGUGAUGUUGCACACACGUCUAUGUAACGCCCACAAACCUGAUGUGCUUUUGGGAAUUGCGAUUGCUAAUAAAUAAAUAAAUCUGGAUUGAUUAACCUCA